UGAACGAGAAUCGAUCGAAUGGCACAUUUCAAGCCACCUAACGUUGCAUUUACCCAGAUGGCAGGAACUGGGGUGUUUGCUGAGCUAGUCGGGGGAGAUGGAGAGUUCAAGUAUUACUCAGAUGGAGAGUGGAAAAAGUCGUGUUCAGGGAAGUCAGUGCCUAUCAUCAACCCCACCACUAGAGAGACUCAAUUCAAAGUCCAAGCUUGUACUAAAGAAGAAGUAAACAAGGUGAUAGAUGCAGCUAAAACAGCUCAAAAGUCAUGGGCAAAGACUCCACUCUGGAAAAGAGCAGAGUUACUUCACAAAGCAGCUGCAAUCUUGAAAGAGCACAGGAAUCCCAUUGCAGAGUGCCUUGUCAAAGAGAUUGCAAAACCAGCAAAGGAUGCAGUAACUGAAGUUGUAAGGUCUGGGGAUUUGGUGUCAUACUGUGCUGAAGAAGGGGUCAGGAUACUUGGUGAAGGGAAAUUUCUGGUAUCUGACAGUUUUCCAGGAAAUGAAAGGACCAAAUACUGCCUCACUUCAAAGAUACCUCUAGGGGUUAUUUUAGCCAUUCCACCCUUCAACUAUCCUGUCAAUCUCGCUGUUUCAAAAAUUGGUCCUGCACUUAUUGCUGGGAAUUCUCUUGUACUCAAGCCUCCUACCCAGGGUGCUGUAGCUGCACUUCACAUGGUGCACUGCUUUCACUUAGCUGGUUUCCCAAAAGGUCUAAUUAGCUGUGUUACUGGAAAAGGGUCUGAGAUUGGCGACUUCCUUACAAUGCAUCCCGGGAUCAACUGUAUUAGCUUCACUGGUGGAGACACUGGAAUCGCAAUUUCAAAGAAAGCAGGCAUGAUCCCUCUUCAGAUGGAAUUGGGUGGAAAGGAUGCCUGUAUCAUACUUGAAGAUGCUGAUUUGGAUUUGGCAGCCGCUAACAUUGUGAAAGGAGGCUUUUCUUACAGUGGUCAAAGAUGCACAGCUGUGAAGGUUGUGUUGGUCAUGGAUUCUGUGGCUGAUGCUCUUGUUGAGAAAGUUAAAGCUAAAGUUGUGAAACUGACCGUUGGCCCACCAGAAGACGAUUGUGACAUCACUCCAGUUGUUACAGAAUCAUCUGCUAACUUCAUUGAAGGAUUAGUCAUGGAUGCCAAGCAGAAAGGGGCUACAUUCUGCCAAGAGUACAAGAGGGCAGGCAACCUUAUAUGGCCACUAUUAUUAGAUAAUGUUCGUCCUGACAUGAGAAUAGCAUGGGAGGAGCCAUUUGGUCCCGUUUUGCCUGUUAUACGGAUAAACUCGGUUGAAGAAGGAAUUCAUCAUUGUAAUGCUAGCAAUUUUGGCCUGCAGGGUUGUGUCUUUACUAGAGAUAUAAACAAAGCAAUUCUGAUCAGUGAUGCAAUGGAGACUGGAACAGUUCAGAUUAAUUCGGCUCCAGCUCGGGGACCAGAUCAUUUUCCUUUCCAGGGUCUGAAGGACAGCGGCAUUGGUUCCCAAGGAAUCACCAACAGCAUCAACAUGAUGACGAAGAUCAAGACAACAGUGAUUAACUUACCGACACCUUCCUACACGAUGGGUUGAUGUGAAAAUUGGAAUAAAACCAUUGAUACUCUGUUCCCAUUUAUGUUAGCUAAGCAAUAAGAGAGUUCUCAUGCUUUUGUCUGGUUAUCUGUAAUAAAAAAAAGAAGAAAAAGCAGUGCAAUGAGUGUUGGUCAACUUGCAUAAAGUUGUAACGAAUCUUCUCUAAGCUGUAGGAAUGUAAUAGAUGAUGAAGAUCUUCUUCUUCUUCUUCUU